AUGACAUUUGGAAGUAAAGAUUCAAUGUUUUCAUUUUACAGAGAGCACGCCAGAUUGAAAGGGUUUGGUGUGAUGAAAAAAACAGCGUUAAAAAAAUGUAGUGAUUUUGUUAAUUAUGUUGCCUAUGCUUGUGAUAGGUCAAGGAAAGGAAAACAAAAGAAAUCGAGCAAAAGGAUUGAAUGUAAAGCUCGUGUUAAUGUUGUUAUGAUGGUUGAUGGAUCAUCAUGGCGUGUCACUAGGGUUGAAAGUGAGUAUAAUCAUGUGUUGGAUGCCAGAUUAUCACGAUUUAUGCCCUCACACAAGGAAAUGAGACGGAGUUUGAAGAGGCAGCUUGUUGCUCACGACAUUGCAGGUUUGAGACCUUCAAAGAGCAUAAGACUUUUGGAAGUUGAAGCUGGUGGUCUUGAGAAUUUGGGAUGUACCCCCAAGGACUGCAGAAAUUACAUUUUGCGGGAGAGGAGGUUGAGAACCUUGUCCAUCGAUGCAGAAGCAAUAAACAGGUUUUUUCUUGACAUGCAGAUUAAGGAUAGGGAGUUUUUCUAUGCAGUAGACCACGAUAAUUCUGGCAGGCUACGUAACUAUGUAUGGCACCGGCAGUCCAUACUUCUUGGAUGUGAUUUGAUUACAAGCGAGGAUGCUAGCACUUAUAAAUAUGUCUUCUCUACUUGUCUUAGAGCCAUGAAUAGUGUAGCUCCAACCGCUAUUAUGACAGACCAAUGCGAGAGUAUUAAGGCAGCUAUCAGAGUAGUGAUGCCAAAUGCAAUCCACAGUGGCUCUAGCACACUAAAGCAGUUUGUUGAGCAAUACAAGAUAGCCUUGAGAGAAAAGCUUGAUAAAGAGUUAACUUCUGAAUUUAAUUCUAGGUAUACAGAAGCAAAAGUUUUUUGUGGAUUCAUGUGGGAGGAACAAAUACAAACUCAUUACACUCGUACAAUAUAUGAUCUUUUCAUGGACCAGGUAGCGAAAAAGUAUCACUGUGAAAUGAGCAUUCAUGAAGAUGCUUAA